AUGAAUGGGAGCUAUUUUCGGUUGAUGCAGGAAUUUGAUCUGAAGUCGGGCGUGUACCAAGAGACGGGGUCUGUGAUUCAGUUUGGAGCAAAAAUUCGCAGGGAGGAUUUGGGACCUUCGCUGAAUGGUUCGAGUAGUGGAGAGAUGGGAACAGGAUUUCUGGAUCGUGAAUCAUCUGAGGUUACAUCAUCCAGCGAGCCAUCUCAAGCUUUGGCGAUCAUUGCUCGGCCGAACUCUCAAGCGGUUUUGUAUUCUUCGAAUUACCAAUAUGGCACAAUGUCUUCGGCGUUUCAUCCAUCGUAUACCCAUGGAUCAAUCUUUAUAUUGCCAGUCGGGCGCUCAAUAAUCGAGCAGUACAGCAACGGUCAUCGGAAUUUGCAUAGUGCAGUCACAUCAUCUUCCCAACCUAAAUCAUCUAUGGUGGUGCGCCAAGCCUCUCAGUCUGUACCAACCAACUCCUCACCACCCACCAAGAUCACCAUCGUCCCCCCUCACUCACCCACUCAACUCCCCCACCCUCCCCCUCUCAAUCUCAAAAAAGCCUUCAUUCUCCUCUCCAUUCCCCUCUCCCUCUCCCAGUUCCCCCACUACCUCCUCAAAUCCCUCCUCCUCAUCAGAACCCAACCCUUGGGAGAACUCUGUCUCUAUUCCCUCAUUCUCCCCGCCUGCUACUACACAGGAACACUCAAAUUCGGAUUUCUAGCAAUGAAGGGCUUAGAUGGCUGGUUAGCGACAUUGGGGAAUUGGUCUGCGCGGGGAAAUUUAACUGUUGUGAGGGCUUUGGGGGGGUUGAUGAAGGGGUACAUGAAUGGAUGGGGAGAUUGA